UGCUCUUACUUUAUUUUUUCAGUGAUUCGUUUUAAGAGGGUAUACAUCACUCAGACUCAGUCAUGCAAUGACAAUGGACUUUCACUUUCAAUAUUUAUAUUCCGAUUACACAAAGGAGCUUAAAAUACCGACGGAUUCAACAGAGCUCCUUUGACAGGUCAAGGCUAAAGUUGUAGGUCCACUACCCCGACACGCGCCUGCUCCGCGAACAAGCGCCAGCAGAGCUUAGAGAUCGAGAGCAACUAGCGCUACCAGCCGCGCCGCCAACAGCGAUUUCAUAACGACUGGCACGGAUAUUGUUGAAGAAGGUCGCUGAAUGUCAUCGCGUUGUGAGGAAACCUGUCUCAAAAGGAAGCGAUUAAUUUCGUGUUUUAGGGGAUGAGAUUAGGGACAUCAUAACAGAUCUUGUUAAACGGACUGUGGGAUUAUAAACACGUGGGGUGAGCCUAAAGAGACAGACAAAAUACACUUAACGGUGAGAUAUUUUUUACAAAGGAUCCGACCGGCAAACCGUGAUUUGUGAAAGAGCGCAUUGUAGCUGAUGCGAGGAGAAACUGCACGGAUUUAUUACCGGUAGUACACGUGCGAGAAUAGUGACUCUUUUAUAACGAAACGACAUCAAAUGGUGAUAAUCGGAGUAAGCUGUCAAAGCUAGCUAUUUCUACAGUGGAAGGAGAACUAAAGAGGACAAAAUGGGGAAAAUAUUUAGCAAGAAGAACCAAUCAUAUGACAUGACCAAGAAUGGUGGGUCUGCCGUGGACGAUUCGGGGAAGGUUACGGGGGCAGCACCAAAGGAAACCUUUGUUGGAACGGGAGGAGCUGAGGGUGGAAAGGCAGAAGAAGUCCAAACCAAGGUUGGAGAAGAAAGUAAACCGGGAGAGAGCCCAGCUGAGCCAGCGGCAGCAGCAGCAGCAGCGGCUAGCCCUGCCCCACAAGAAGCUGGGGGUGAGUCUAACGCAGCAGCCCCGGAAGCAGCCAGCCAAGACGACAAACCAGCCCAGGAACCAGCUGAAGUGAAGCCAGCUGAAGAGACAUCAACCAAAGAGGAAUCUCCUGCAGUAGAACCUCCAGCAGCAGCAGCAGCAGCAGUGGUUGAACAGAAAUCGGAAGAACCUGCACCUGAGGAGCCUAAAGCAGAAGCAGAAGCAGCAGCAGCAUCACCAGAACCAGUAUCAACAGAACCAGAACCAUCAGUACCAUCAACCCAAGCAGAGGAACCUGCCCCUUCACCAGCAGAACCUGAGCCUGUCAAAGAGGAAGCACCUUCAGAACCAUCCCAACCAGAGCAGGUACCAUCAGAACCUGAACAAACCCCUUCUGCACCCGUUGUAAUUGCACCCAUUGUAAUUGCACCCGCAGAGCCCUCACCCGAAACCCCUGCACUAGUUGAAACUGCCCCUGAGGAACCAUCCCAGCCAGAACCAGAACCAGAAGCAGCAGCAGCAGAACCUACUCCAGAACCUACCCCAGAACCUACUCCAGAACCUACUCCAGAAACAACACCAGAACCAACACCAGAACCAGAAGCACCAGUAGUAGAACCAGUAGCACCAGUAGAAGAACCUGCCCAGGAACCCACACCAGAACCCACUCCAGAACCAACACCUGAAGCUGCACCUGAAGCCACAGAGGAACCAACCCCAGUAGAAGAACCAACCCCAGUAGAAGAACCAACCCCAGUAGAAGAGCCAACUCCAGAACCAGUCCAGGCAGAGCAAGAGCCGGUAGAAAGCACACCAUCAGAAGACCAGACCCCAGAACAGGUUCCCCAGGAUGUUCCCUCUGACACCCCAGACACGCCCCAAGAACCCACACCUACACCUGCACAAAUAGAUUCAGUGGAGGAAUCAAAAGCAGAAGAGCCAUCGGAACCAGCUGCAGCAGAACCCACAGUAACUGAGGUACCAUCAGAGACGCCGGUUGAGACACCAUCAGAGACACCCGUAGAAACUCCAGCUGAAGCACCCGUAGAAACACCAGCCGAAGCACCGGUGGAAACACCAGCCGUAGCGCCGGUAGAAACACCAGCCGAAGCUCCAGUGGAAACACCAGCCGAAGCACCAGUAGAGAUUCCUGCUGAGACACCAGUAGAAACACCAGCCGUAACACCAGCAGAAGUACCAGCCGAAACACCAGAUGAAACACCGGCAGAAACACCGGCAGAAACACCGGUUGAAACACCAGCAGAAACACCAGCAGAAGUACCUGUAGAAACACCGGCUGAAACACCGGUUGAAACACCAGCAGAAACACCAGCAGAAACACCAGCAGAAACACCAGAUGUAGUACCAGUUGAGCCUGCAGCAGAGCCUGAGCCAGCAAAAAAUGAGACUGCUCCAGAAGAGCCAGCAGCGAGCUUGGACACCAGCGAGCCAGAGGUCAACGGAGAUGCUGCCCCCACCAGUGAAGCCCCCGCCCCUGAGGCUGAGGCUGAUCAGCCAGCAGAGACCCCCGCUCCAGAGGAACCCAGUGAGCCCAGCAAGGAGGCUGCAGCUGAAGCCAAAGAGGCAGAUGAGAGUUCUGUUGCAGCAGUAGCAGCAGUUACAAAUGGACCAUCAGGAGACCAAGCCAGUGAGGAGAAGAAGACGUCCGUUGAAUUCCGCUGGGAGGAGGGUGGAGAAGAGGUCUUUGUGACCGGUAGCUUCAGUGACUGGAAAGAAAGGGUACAACUUACACAAGUUGAGGAAGGCACGUUUGCACAAACGCUGUCCCUGGCCCCCGGGGAAUGGACGUACAAGUUUAUCGUAGAUGGCGAGUGGAAGGCCAGUAUGAACCAGACCACCGUAGAGGGUGAACUUGGUCUGAACAACACCAUCAACGUGGCAUGAAUGCAGCAUAGUCAGUCGUAGAGAAAAUGUCCGUAAACGCUCUGCCGAAAAGCUACAUGUAAUCCUGCAGCUUCUUCGUCAUGUACUGUAACUUAUGCUAGAAUUUGUGUUUAAAGAUCGUGGGAACCCAUUUUCGAUUCGAGAGAAGAGAGAAAGAAGAAAAAAUAAACAGAAAAAAUAAUGCCAUUUUCAGUCAUUCCCUUGUAAUUAUGGCUGUGAGGUUAAACAUUCUUAAAAUGAUAUGUGUUCAUUUUUUGAAAAUUGAUUGGAGGUCAAUAGCCUCCCUUAAGCCUAUUUUACACAUAUGGCAUGGAAAAAAAUAAUCAUGUAUUCUUUAUAUCUCCUGUUUUUAUAUAUCCAUUGUAAAUCCAAUUAAUAUUCAUUGAUUAUUUAAUUGAAUAUUUGAAAUGAUUCCCAAGUGUACAGUUAUUUUGCAACAGAAUACAAUGUACAUUUAAUAUUAUGGUUGAGCUAAAGCCUUUUGCUAGUACUUCUAGAAAAAUCUUACUUUUGUCCCAAUGUGAAUAAAAGUGAUAGCUUGAAGUCCUUGAAAGCUAAAUCCUACAUGGCUUGAAGGAAUGCGUCCUUUUGAAAAAUAAGUUUUGUUAAACAAUGUGCUCAUGAAGAUGAACUGUGUAAGAUAAUAAAUGGAAAUGCUAUUAAAGUCUAGUAUUGCAUGUGCAUAUGAAUCUUUGUUUUAAUGUCCAGUCGAUGUGCCAAUUUGAUUCUUUGUUCCACCUACAUUGGUUUGGCUUUAAGCUUGAUCUUAUGUAGGACUCUUCGGAGAUCACAUUGAACGCAAUGUGAAUUUGUCUUUGAGUUGUAGACUUAGUUGAUAAACGGAACAGGUAGGUUAGGUUUAUAAUUCAUUAAAUUCUUUACAAAAUCUAUGAUUUUUGACGACUGCCUUAAAUUAGAGUAAUUCAGUUGAGGUGCAGGGUUAUCUUUUCAAAUUUACAAGUUGGGGAAUAUGCUUUUAUUGUUUAUGUAUUAGAAAGAGUUAUAGCCAGGAUCAAAAGGAACAAAAAUGGUGUAUUUAUGGUUUGAAGGUAGUAGCCCCAGCACAUCGGUUCACCUUAAUUUGCAUAUAUUAUAUAUACAUCAAAGUGUCCUAAUAUUUAUGAAUUAUCGUAAUUGUACUGUUUGGUGUAAUCAUUUAUUCUGUAUACAUGCAUUUUCUAUUUAAAUGAUUAUUUUUUGGUAGCCUUUAUUGUAGAUGUUAUUAGAUAAUUAGAUUGUUGAUUGUAUUGUAUAACUUUAGGUUAGAUGUAGCUAGCGCAUUGGACACAAUUUGUAAUUCAGUAUUUUGAUGACAUUUGCAAAAAGCACUGCAAUUAUUUCAAACAGUAAAAACUGCAUACAUCAAAGUGCCUGUGUAAUGUUUUUGUAACAGUUAUUGUAUGGUAUCAUGGUAAUGGAAAUUGACACAGCGUUAAGCAUUAAUCCUUAAUGGAUAUUGAAGUCUCUACUGGAAAAUGCCAUUGUAUUUUAUAUUAAAUGUUUCUAAUGGCAGAAUCGGUCAAAUUGAGGCUAAAUAAACAAGUAUCAUUUAAACACACUGCAUAUGAAAAUCAAGUGAUAUUUCUCAAGAAGUUUGGUUGUGCCUCUCAAUUUACAUACAGGUUCUAUGCAUUUUCCCAACUCUGUAUCUGCACUGGAUCUUAUCAGGACAUCACGGUGUCUUUCUUGAAACAGCCCUAUUCAUUAGGGAUCAUUGUAAGAGAUUUCACUUCUCUAGCAGCAAGAAAUUAUUUAAGAACAGUUUUAAGUCGAGACUUGAUCUGAUAUUUUUUUCAAAACCAAAAUAGUGUGGAACUUUAUGAUGGACUGGACAGAAAAAAAUGCAGUUAUGAUUUGAUCACCAAACGGUAUUAGCAAUAAACCUCACCACCCAGGGUCGCCAUUUUGUUUUUGUGCCUUGAUCUACUGAGCAUUCAGAAGCCAAGUAUCAAUAUUAAGAAAUGCUGUUUUCUUUUGAUUUUUUUUUUGUAUAGUCCGUUUUAUUUUCACCAACCAAAAUCAUCACGUGUGCUAUGUAUAGUGCCUUGCCAAAGCCUAAAUGGAUGUUCCAAUAUACAUGCAAUGAAUUUCAUCACAUUUCAUGCAAUUCAGAAAUCAUGAUAUAGUGCUUUAUUCUGUUAUGAAUGUCAAUUUUCUUUUUCAGAUUGAUAGAAUCUUGCCUCUAUUAUUUUACCUAGCCAAAUUUGGACGACUCAUGAUCAACCUGUGCAUUAUAUAAUUAUUUAUCUUUUGAUUUCAUGAUACUAUGUAUGUACAAUGUACUUUGUAUGAUGUCAAUAAAUUUUUCUUUUUUUCUCUGUGAAUCCUAGUUAUAGUAGAUAUUAUGUAUUACUCUGACCUGCUAGUGUAUACUGCAAAUCGACUACAAUAUCAAAUCAAAUAAAUUGAAUAAAUAUCACAUAAAUUCUCGGCCAUUAAAGGUAAUCUAGUAUUUUUGUGGUUCAUCAUUGGUCUUGUGUCUCGUUGAUGUGACUGGGGUAAUAGUCUAGGCAUCAAUAUUCAUUUUGUUUGUUAACUUAAUACAUUCAUAAAGCAAGGAUGAGCAUUGGCGAACAAACCACCACCAUCAUCACUUACAAUUCUGGGAUUUAGAAAAUGGAAUUUAAAUACAUUUUGAAUGGUUACCAGUAACCCUGCCAGUCUAGGUACUAAUAAAAGCUUAUUUGUUAAAGUUUAUUGCAAGAAAAUUUGUUUCUUUUCAGCGGAAUGGAACAUUUGCAGGGCAGUGAAAUCAAUGUUGUUUUUGUUCAUGUGCUGUAUGAUUUAUUCUUUAUGUAUUUUUUAUCACCAGAUAAAUCGAAAUAGACCUCAUAAAUGUCCAAGCAGAUAAAUUGCACCUGUAUUUUUGAAAAUGAAAAUGCUUGUAUAGUUAAUUUUUGGAGUGAGCUCUAAUUAUUGGCAUUCAAGCCUCAAAACAAGUCUUUGCUCUAUUAGGUAAUCUUUUUGUCCAUUGCAGCCUUGCUUUUGGUGCAUUUUGAAAUGGACAUUACUUUCUCAUAUAAGGAAAUAACUUUACAACUUUUGGAAAUGUUUAUAUUAGGGACCGAUUAAAUGAAAAUACACAUAUUGUCAAGAACAAUAAAUUUAGUAUGUUGGAAGGAAUGGUGAAAGAAAAGGUAAUGUUCGUUUCCAAAUGAAACAAGUUUCAUGAGGCAAAAAAACAACUACAUCAAUAACGUUCAUAUUCCAGUUCCCGAAUAUUCAAUAUAUAACCCUACAUCACAAUGAAUGAGGUGGGAAUGUGCAAGUAUCAUGUAAGGCAUUAUAUGUAUGGAAACUGAAGUUUUUCUUGGUGUUCGUUUCAAAGUGACCAAUUAAUAUAUCCCUGCCUACUUGAAUCCAAACUGCUCCUUUUUCCUCUUUCAAAUUUCUCUGUUUUUCGCUCUCUUUAUGUUCUUUUGAUUUUCCUAUCCACUUUCCAUUGCCUUUACUUCUCUUAGGUGGUUCCAUUUAGACAUGAUAUAUAUUAUAUCUUUAUGUAUUAUUUGUGGGAUAACAUGAAAGAAAAUGUUUUUCUCACGAAGAAAAGUUAGCAGAAUUAAGAGUUGUCACAUUAAAUGCCAUCACAAAUGAUAGUAUUACAUAGGAUGCUUUACAAAUGGUUGGUUGCUUUCGACUGUAGCAAGAUGUACAGUGCAUUUUUGUCUGUAAAUUUGCAAUAACGCAGCAAAGAAAGUGUACUUCGCUAUUAAACAUGCCUUUUAGUUGUACUUCAUGCUUAUGUAUUAACCAAUAACACGUGCACGUUGGAAUGGUAAAUAAUGACAAUUACUGACUUGAUUUUGAGCUAAUGAGGUACCUUGUAUCUAUACCCACAAUAAAAUGUUAUUCAAUGAG